GUAGAAACCAUCGGAGAUGCCUACAUGGUGGCGUCCGGUCUGCCGGUACGCAACGGAAACCGGCAUGCUGGUGAGAUCAGCACCAUGGCCCUCGAUCUGCUCAGUCAAUGCGGCACAUUCGUGAUUCGCCACAUGCCAGACAUGCCAUUGCGUCUACGCAUAGGUCUGCAUUCUGGUAAGCUACGACGCGACGGUUGGAGUCUGGAAGGACUCAGACGACAUGAGUUGACUGAUGUCACACAACUUUUCACUUGGAAGGGUCUGUUGAGAGGGCGUCGUAAAAUGGCCUCAUCGUAA